UCAGCGACUCGAGACACCUUCACCAUCAACUUCGUGUGCAAUCGCACCUCUCACCCCGGCUCGCUGAAGCUGCUUCAAGAGGAGCUGAGUACUUUACCCCACCACGUGGUCCACAACGUGCUCUUUGAGUUCUCCACUGCGCUGGUCUGCAUCCCCGCUCCGGUCGACUGCCAGAUCAUCGAUUCCCACGGUAACGAGUACGACCUGAGUCACCUGAUCCGGGAUGCAGAGGACAGCCCCUGGGUCGCCAUAGAGACCGAUGCAGCCCAAUCGCGCAGCUUUUACAUCAACGUCUGCAAACCUCUUCCUCAAGUGGGAAACUGCCCAGAGGGUCCUCUGGGUGCUUGCGCCGUGAUCGACGGAAAGAGUUUGAACCUGGGGUACGUCCAGUCCAGCCCGCAGGCGGCAGAGGACGGCUCCAUCAGCAUCGUGUACCAGAACGGGGAUCAGUGUGGUCCCACGUCGCACUACUCCACACGCAUCAUCUUCCAGUGUGAUGACCACCCUGGCUCUCCCAUGUUGGACAGUAAAGAUGGUUGUGAAUAUGUGUUCAUCUGGAGGACGUCCGAGGCCUGUCCUAUCAGGAAGACUAAAGGUGUCGACUGUAAAGUUCGAGACCCGCGGAGUGGCUACGAGUUCAACCUGAACUCUCUGAAGGGCAGAGAUUAUCCCGUCAGAAACGGAAAGUACAACUACCACCUGUCGGUGUGCGAGGGGCUGCAGAGGGGCAUCUGCACCCACAGAGACACGGGCAUCGAAACCGUGUCCUCCUGCCAGGUGGACGGAGACAACCAUAAGAUCGCAGGAAUGGCAAACCAAGUCUUGACUUACGUGGGCGACCAGCUGAUCCUGAACUACACCGAUGGAGACACGUGUCAUAAAGUCUACAAAAGAUCAACAGAGAUCCACUUCUCCUGCCACCCGGACCGCCAUCCUGGAGUCCCAGAGUUUCUCAACGAGACUUCAGACUGCACCUACCUGUUCAGCUGGCCCACAGCUCUGGCCUGCAUCCCGCUCAAAACCACCAGCUGCUCCUACAACGAUGGGCAGGGCAACUCGUACGACCUCUCCCCUCUGGCUAUGGAGUCUAGAAACUGGGUAGUGGAGCCGUCUACUGAGGACACAGACAAACAAUAUUACAUCAACGUCUGCAGGUCGCUGGUGCAGCAGGGAGGAUCGUGGAAGUGUCCGUCCACCGCCGCGUCCUGCGUGAAGGUCAGAGAUGAAUAUGUGAACCUGGGCCAGGUGGAGUCCGGUCCCACAUUGGACAGAAAUGUCCUGAAGCUGCAGUACAGCAGCGGCCAGGCCUGUCCCGACAAAAGCCGCAACAGGACCAGCAUCAUCCGCUUCAAGUGUGACAAAGAUAAAGUGGACUCGCGGCCUACUCUGAUCUCUGCCAUCGAGGACUGUGUGUACACCUUCCUCUGGUUAACAGCUGCUGCCUGCCCUCUCAACACCAUCCAGCAUGAUGACUGCAAAGUCACCAACCCUUCUACAGGUCACCUGUUUGAUCUGAACUCCCUGACGAAGGAGGAAGGCUACACGGUGUUCGAUCCUCGGGAGAGCAGGAGGAUGUUCCGCUUGAACAUCUGUGGAAACAUGACCAACAUCGGGUGCAGCCCUGAAACAGCUGUGUGCAUCAAGGAAGGAGCUACUGUAGUGAGCGGGGGUCAGGUGAGCAGGAAACUCUCGUACACGGAUCAAGUUCUGGAGCUGACGUAUGAAGGAGGAAGUCCCUGCCCAGCAAACCCCACACUCCAACACAAGACCAUCGUCCACUUCUUCUGCAGGCCACCUACCAUGACCUCGUCUCCUCCAGAGCCGGUUCUCAUCGACUCAGAAGCUCAGACCUGCACGCACUACUUCUCUUUCCAAACACCUCUGGUGUGCGAGCAGACAGUGAGGUGUUCAGUCCAGAACGGCUCUGCUCUCAUAGACCUGACUCCUCUGAUCCACGUUAACGGAUUCUACGCAGCAACAGAUGAUGCAGUGGACCAAAGUGAUGGUUCUCCAGACUUCUACAUCAACAUCUGUCAGCCUCUGAACCCCAUCCCGGGGGUCACCUGCCCCCCUGGAGCUGCUGUCUGUAUGGAUCCUGAUAAUGGACCUCCUGUGGACAUCGGGCGGACCACCAGCGGGCCUGAGAUCAACGCCGCGACAGGAGAAGUGUCCAUCACCUACCACAGCUCCACCAAGUGUGCAGCCGAUCCCUCCCAGAACUACACCUCCACCAUCAUCUUCACCUGCCAGAGAGGCCUGGAGCUGGGCUCCCCACAAAUGCUGCGGCUGCAGGAGUGUGUGUACCUGUUCGAGUGGGCGACCCCCAUCGUCUGUUCAGACACCACGCACACCAGCGGCUGCCGGCUCACCGACUCACAGCUGCAGUUCACCUUCGACUUGUCGGCCCUAUCUGGUGAAGUCCAGGUACAAGCGGGCUCCAGCAUGUACCACAUUAACGUCUGCAGCUCGGUGACAGAGCCGGCCUGUAAGAAGAGCGCCGUCUGCCGGGCGUCUGGCUCGGGUUCAGACAAGACCUCCUCUUCAUAUGGCAUCAGCAAGGCCAUGACGAUGGAAUACAAACACGAGGAGCAGGCCGUACUGAUGCAGUAUGGAGGAGGAGAUCCCUGCCCACCAGUGACGGACAGAGGCGAGGCGUGCGUGUUCCCCUUCACGCACAUGAAGAAGUCGUACACAGAGUGCACCAAGGAAGGACGGACCGAUGGCAAGAAGUGGUGUGCCACCACCGCGAACUACGACACAGACAAGAAAUGGGGAUUCUGCCAUGAAGCCUCAGGUCAGCGACAGUCCUCCAUUCUGUUCUACUGCGACCAGUCUGCAGGCCACGGCUCCCCGAAGCUGCUCUCGGAGACGGAGGGUUGCUCGGCCACGUUCCAGUGGACGACCAGCGCCGUUUGUCCGCCGAAGAAGAUGGAGUGCAAACUGGUCAGCCAGCAUCGGACCUUCGAUCUGAGAACUCUGUCCUCCCUCACCGAGCCGUGGAAGUUCGGCCGCAAAGGAGACUCGUAUUACUUCAACCUGUGUCAGGGUAUCCACGGCGGACUACCAGGAUGUCCAGAAGGGGCGUCGGUGUGCAGACACUCUGCGGCGGGACAGACUCAGGCGCUGGGUCGAGUUUACACCCAGGCGAUGAGCUACACUGACGGAAAGAUCUCUGUGAGUUACUCAGCGGGAGACGAUGUCUGUGGUAACGGAGUGAAGGCCAAGACUGUGAUCCAGCUGAGCUGUGGCACCAUCAUGGGACGCCCGGCACUCAUCAGCGUCAAUGAGACUUCCUGUGAGUUUGUGAUUGGCUGGGAGACUCGGUCGGCGUGUGCGGUGAAGCCGCGUGAGGUGGAGAUGAAGAACGGGACGAUCCAGGUUCCUGACACGGGAGUCAGCCUCAGUCUGGGAGAUCUUUACUUCAGCCACCAUCAGGCAUCUGGAGACAUCCGUCCCAACGGCGACCGCUACAUCUACCACAUCCAGCUGUCCGGCCUCACCAACAUCUCCCUGCCCAGCUGUGUGGGAGCCAACAUCUGCCAGGUCAAACUCAACGCGGCCUACAGGCGCAAGAUCGGCUCCUCCAGCAGCGCCAAGUAUUACAUUAAAGGAGGAAACCUGGAUGUGAUGGUGCCCUCCGAGUCCCAGUGUGGACGGGAGAAAACAAAGAUGGUGUCCUCCACCAUCAUGUUCCACUGCAACCCCUCGGCAGGCGUCGGCAUCCCAGAGUUCAUGAGCGAGACGGACGGAUGCCAGUACCUGUUUGUGUGGCACACCAACGCCGUGUGUGGUCUAACAACCGUCGACGCUCAGUCGUUUGACGACGACGACGACAGCGACACUCCGGCUCUCUCCAGGCGGACUCAGGCGAUGGGCUUGAUGCUGACUCUGCUGCUGGUGGGUCUGGUGGUCUGCCUGCUCGGGUUUCUGCUGCACAAGAGAGAGAGAAGAGAUCUGGUGAUCCAGAAGGUCGCCGGUUGCUGCAGGAGAGGAAACCAGGUCGCCUAUAAAUAUUCCAAAGUCAACAUGGACGAAGAAGGAGGCGAAGAGGAGAUGGAGUGGCUGAUGGAGGAGCUGGAAGCCCCUCCUUCAUCCUCCUCCUCCUCAUCCUCCUCCCACAGGGGGAAGAGUAACCACGGCAACGGCCACAUCAAGACCAAGCCGGUGAACAUGGACGGCCUGCGCUCUUUCUCCCUGGACGAGCAGGACGACGACGACGACAGCGAGGACGAGGUGCUGAGCGUCCCCGGGGUGAGGGUGUUGAAAUCCUCGGGGCUCUCCAGGCCCUCCACCGUCCACCGCAGCGCCUUCCUCCAGGAGGAGAGCGAUGAAGACCUGGUCGGCCUCCUGGAAGAGUCGGACAGGAAGCGGAAGGGCAGCAAACCCCGCCCCUCAGGCCGCAACCACGACAACAACGCGGCAGCCAACAGGAAACGGGACGAGGACGACAGUGACGAGGACCUCCUCAGGGUGUGAUGUCACUUCCUCCUCCUCCUCGUCCUCCUCCUUCUUUCUCUAUCCAUCCAAUCUGAACUCUUCUCUCUCAGCGAAUGUCUCCGACUCCGACGAAGCAGAAACCUUUCCUCUCUCUUUGGGAUUAUCUUUUUUUUUGGUUUGGACUGCACCUUUUACUCGGACUCGAUCCAGUCGGCUCUCUACAGACUGUCGAUGUAAGCACAUGGGUUCUUAUUUAUUGAUAGCUGUUUAUUUAAAUUGUUUUCUAUUUUUGCAUAUUUUCUCUGAAACUCUGAAAGGAAAUAAUCUGCGUCUCUAGAGUUACUCUUUUUACUCGAUACACUCCUAACAGGCCGGCUGGGACUCGACACAUCGAGGCAUGUCGGUGUAACGUUGUUUCAUCAAUUUGUACGACGUCUUUCUUUUUUCUUCUAGAGGUUUGAAAUGAGGCUGUGCCAUUUUGCUUUAGCACUUUACUGUAGCAUUGAUUAGCUGAGGAAACCCCCGCUGUCGACACGCCUCGUCGCAGAGAAAAGCCACAUUUUGAGUUGAUUAUUUGUUUUAUUUUGAAAGUCCCUGGGCCUGUUAGGACCGUAUCCUGUAACUCUGUAGAGAUGUAGAUUUUUAAGAAGCUCAGUGGGGAAACAAAUUGAGCAGAUUUAGGAGAGAAAAUCAUCAACUAAUGAAGAGAACGAAGCCUGAAGGAGUCCGAUUGUGUUGUUUCUAAAAGGGAAUGAAGACAGCCGUUUGUCUUCUUGUUGUUUACAGUCAACAUGGGAGCAGUCUCUCUGUUUCCCCAUCGAGAGAAAAGAGAGAGAGCGAUGCCUUCCUGGCUGAAUCGUUGUCCGGCGACGGAUUGAUUUUUGUUCUUGUUUUGGAUCCGAGACGUUGUACAUAGGCGACCGUGUUCUAUAAUAUGGACGUUUUUUUGUUGUUUGUUUAUCGUUUGUCCGUUUGUCCUCACUGGUGAGUUGCUCGCACAUUAUUUUGUUUUUAUGAUUAUUUAAACGGUUGCUUAACGAGCUGAUUUAUCGUGCCGAUCUCUGUUGUGUGUGUAAAGAAAGGUGGCCUUAAGUGUGAAUGGACAAGUCGACGAGGGCGGAGGCUGAAAGUCGAUGUUAGUUUAGGAUUUGUUUUGUUUUGAAGUCCCCUCCCCCUCCCUCCUGUCAAAGCCAUAUCUCUACAGCUGCUAAUGUAGGGACUUUUUUCCCCCCCAACGCUUGCACAUUCUCGUGCGUUAAAAACGUUUCUCUGCGCUCCAGAUCUGUGAUCAUGGAUGCACCAAACACUCUCAGUAAAACCAAAUUUUUGUAGUGCCGAAAUCUGCCCUUUUUUUUUUUUUUUUUAAGCCAAAUGAACGUGAUGAUGACGACAAAAAAAACAAGGAAGUGAUGCGUCAAAGUGUCACGAAAACAGGAUAUGAACUCCCAUUUCACAUCCAGUAUAACCUGCCGCUGUCUGACAGGAUGCCAGUAUUUCUAAAAAUGAAGUCAAAGCUGAAUCCAGGUGUUUCCACAUGUUGGGACUCAGCCCGCCACAGUAUCAGCACACAGAGUAUUCGGGGUGGCGUCGUUCUCUCCACAGACGUAGUUUGAUGUGAGGUCGGAGGUUUUAGUUUUGUAUCCACACAUUAAGAACACAAAUUGGUCGAUUUACAAACAGACUCAUUUGAAUGUUGCUUUUGCUAAAAUGUCUCUCUCAUCGUUUUAAGGUCGUGGGCGCUAAGAGAAAAACUGUCGCUGUAACUUAAACUAAACACGGUGGACUGGCCGGUGCUUUGAAUUUAUCUUCUGAGAAACAUGUCAAGGGUUUGGAAAGCUGCAACUAGCAAUUUUUUUUUUUUUACUUUUUCUUUAUUUUAUUUAAAACAUCAGUAAUUAUGUUGACUUUGCAAUGUCAGAAAAACAGUGAAAAUUCUCAUCAUGACAUCGAUGUGACGACUAAAGAGCGUUAGAAAAAAGUUGAUUUUUACAUCGAGGGAAGGUGAAAAGAUCAAAUUUUCUUUGCAGCAUAUUUUUUUAAUAAUCUUUGUUCAGUUAUCGACUUGAACCCCGAAGAAGAAACAUCUGGAUGUCGAGGUUCUAGUGAAGCUUUGACUCCAGACUCAUGAAGUAUGUCAGUAAAGUUUCCUGCGUCUGCCUGCAUGGUACCAUCCUGAACCUCCUCCUUUUUCUAUCCAGAUGUGAACAGGUGUUGUUUUUUUUCGUGCAGUUUUGGGCUACAUGACACUAAAUCAGGGAGGAAGGAGUUAAAUUCAGAAGCGGGCAGACACAAACGAACGAGGGAAAAGCACAAGAAGUCUUUCUGUGAUGAUUGGGUACUUUGGGGAGAUCAUCAUUCUGUUUGCGUUGGUGUGAGUUAUGUUGUCUGUUUCUCAGCUCUUUGCCUGUUUUCCUAUUUAAAAAGCAUCGAUGUAAAAAAUACGACAUUAUUUGAAUAAAUAAGAUCUGCUGUUUCAUCGCUGCUUUGUGAUGACUACACUGUA